AUGCAAGCGAAGCGGAGCAUCAUCGUGACCGGGGGAGCAUCGGGAAUUGGGCUCGGGAUAACGAAGCAUUUCAUCCAGGAGCCAGACACGCACAUCACUAUUCUCGACAUUAACCCGAACACCGGGGCUCAGACAGUCGACAAUCUACGCUCCGAGUUUCCAUCCGCGGGGAUCUCAUUCGAACAAUGCGAUGUUUCUUCUUGGGAGAGCCAAGCAGCUGCCUUUGAGAAUGUUUAUAAGAAUCAAGAUCGUAUUGACAUCGUAUUUGCCAACGCUGGCAUAACAGAGAAGGGCAGCAUCUUGAUACACGAAGAAGGCAGCCAAGACCAAGGCCCGACAAAACCGAACCUGGCUACAUUAAACGUGAAUCUCAUCGGAACUCUGUAUUCCGUCCGACUUGCAACGUAUUAUAUGUUGAAAAAGUCGACUCACGAGGAGCACGGAUCGAAAGGGUUGAUUGUCUGCACCGCAUCAAACGCGGGCUUAUACCCUUUCCCCAUUGCACCCGGAUACGCGACUUCCAAAGCUGGGGUAGUUGGCCUCGUGCGCUCGGCUGCCCGGCGGCUCGCAGCGCACAAGAUUCGCAUCAACGCCCUUGCACCGGCUGUUAUUGAAACGAACAUCGCAUCGAACGCAGAUCUUUUUAAAUCUAUGAUUAUUACGCCUAUGUCCACUGUCGAGAGAGCAGUCGCCCAAUUUGCCGAUGACGAGAGCCUGACGGGUAGAAUCACCGAGCUACAUGGGGAGCAUGUCACUUUUGCUGAACCACCAAGGUACGUGGAUGGUGAUACGGAGAAGAAUAUCGAAAAUUUCUGGAAUCUCGGAUAUGCAUGA